AUGUUCAUUAUCUAUCAAUCUCUCUCUCUCUCUCUCUCUCUCUCUCUCUCUCUCUCUCUCUCUCAAUAUGUUCAUUAUCUAUCAAUCUAUCUCUCUCUCAAUAUGUUCAUUAUCUAUCAAUCAAUCUAUCUCUCUCUCUCAAUAUGUUCAUUAUCUAUCAAUCUAUCCCUCUCUCUCUCUCAAUUUUAUUUAUUAUUCUAUGAAAUCAUCUUUAUUCUCUAUCUAUCUAUCUAUCAAUCUAUCUAUCUAUCUAUCUAUUUUCUCAAUAUUUUAGUAUUUUAUCUAUCAAUCUAUCUAUCUAUGAAUAUAUUCUUUAUUCAUAUCUAUCUAUCUAUCAAUCUAUCUAUCAAUCUAUCUAUUAUCAUAUCUAUUUUAUUUAUCUAUGAAAUCUAUCUUUAUUUCAUCUAUCUAUCUAUCAAUCAAUCUAUCUAUCUAUCUAUUUUCAUACCUAUUUUACUAUCUUUAUUCAUAUCUAUCUAUCUAUCAAUCUAUCUAUCUAUCUAUUUUCAUACCUAUUUUAGUAUUUUCAUAUCAGUUUUUAUCUAUGAAAGCUAUCUUUAUUCUAUCUAUCUAUCAAUCAAUCUAUCUAUCUAUCUAUUUUUACCUAUUUUAUAUUAUCAUAUCAGUUUAGCUCUCUAUCUAUCUUUAUUAUAUUAUUUAUCUAUCAAUCUAUCUAUCUAUCUAUUUUCAACCUAUUUUAUUUCUAGCUAUAUCAAUUUAUAUUUAUCAAUCUAUCUAUCUAUCAAUCUAUAUAUUCUAUCUAUUAUCUAUCUAUUUUCUAUCAAUAUAUUUCAUUAUCUUUAUUCAUAUCUAUCUAUCUAUCAAUCUAUUUUAUCUAUUUUCUAUCUAUUUUCAUUUUCUAUCAGUUUAGCUAGCUAUCUAUCUAUUCAUAUCUAUCUAUCUAUCAAUAUAUCAUUAUAUCUAAUUUAUCUAUUUUCAUAUUUUCAUAUCAGUUUAUCUAUCAAUCUAUCUAUCUUUAUUCAUAUCUAUCUAUCUAUCAAUCUAUCUAUCAUCUAUCUAUCUAUCUAUCUAUCUAUCUAUUUUAGUAUUUUCAUAUUAUUUAUCUCUAUCUCUAUCUUUAUUCAUAUCUUUAUCUAUCUAUCAAUCUAUCUAUCUAUCUAUUUAUCAUACCUAUUUUAUUUAUCUAUCUAUCAAUCUAUCUAUUCAUAUCUAUCAUUCAAUCUAUCUAUCUAUCUAUCUAUCUAUUUUAGUAUCUAUUUAUCUAUCUAUCUAUCUUUCAUAUCUAUUUUAUCAAUCAAUUCAUCUAUCUAUCUAUUUUCAUCUAUUUUCUAUCUAUCUAUCUUUAUUCUUCUAUCAUAUCUAUCUAUCUAUCAAUCUAUCAAUAUCUAUCUAUUUUCAUACCUAUUUUCUAUUUCAUAUCAGUUCUCUAUCUAUGAAAUCUAUCUUUAUUCAUAUCUAUCUAUCUAUCUAUUUCUAUCUAUCUAUCUAUCAUUUCAUCUCUAUUUUAUAUUUUCAUUAUAUCAUUUAUCUCUCUAUCUAAAUAUGUUUUUAUUAUCUAUCUAUCUAUCUAUCUAUCUAUCUAUCUAUCUAUUUUCAUACCUAUUUUAG